AAGUCACUCCAGCUACAGUGGAAGAGAAAUCACUGCCAGUCCUGUGCCAACACACGGUGGGGCCACAUUCCACUCCCAGACUGCACUGUCAGCUCCUUGAAAAAAUACAGGCAAAUGCUCAUCCUGCUUCCUCAUUCCUGGGUCAUGGUAUAAACUUUGGAAUUGCGGCUAAGGUCUUUCGGUGCUUUUCUGGGACUUUGACUUUGGAGCUGUGUGUGUGGAAUCCAUACCCUGGCCUCGGAGCCAUUUUUUGGCCAGAGCGUUCUCCUCCCUCUUCUCUGCCUCUGGAGGAGAAGUCACCAGUGUCCCAAGGCCCUGGGAGGCAUGUUCAGGAAUGUGGCUGCCAUCUAUUUGCACCUGGCUGGGCUCUUCCAGAGAAAGAAGGCUGGAACUUCUCUCACUCAGUGCAUGCACCAGACUUUCGCCAUGGCCAAGCGGCUCCAGGCUCGUCGGCUGGAUGGGAUUGACCACAACCCAUGGGUGGAGUUUGGCAAAAUGGCCAGUGAGUAUGAUGUCGUGAACUUGGGCCAAGGCUUCCCCGACUUCCCACCCCCCGACUUCGCCAUUCAAGCCUUUCAGCUCGCCCUCAACAGUGACUUCAUGCUCAACCAGUACACCAAGGCUUUUGGUUACCCGCCCCUGACAAAGAUCUUGGCAAGUUUCUUUGGGAAGCUCCUGGGGCAGGAGCUAGACCCGCUCAAGAACGUGCUGGUGACCGUGGGUGCCUAUGGAGCCCUGUUCACGGCCUUCCAGGCCCUGGUGGACAAAGGAGAUGAGGUCAUCAUCAUGGAGCCCUUCUUUGACUGUUACGAACCCAUGACAUUGAUGGCAGGGGGUCGCCCUGUGUUUGUGACCCUGAAGCCGAGCCCCACCCAGGACGGGGAACUGGAUUCCGCCAGCAGCUGGCAGCUGGACCCCACAGAGCUGGCCAGCAAGUUUACCUCUCGUACCAAAGCCCUAAUCCUCAACACACCCAACAACCCCGUGGGGAAGGUGUUCUCCAAGGCCGAGCUGGAGCUGGUGGCCAGCCUGUGCCAGCAGCAUGACGUGAUCUGCAUCAGUGAUGAGGUCUACCAGUGGCUGGUCUACGAUGGUCACCAGCACGUCAGCAUUGCCAGCCUCCCUGGCAUGUGGGAGCGCACCCUGACCAUUGGCAGCGCUGGCAAGAGCUUCAGCGCCACCGGCUGGAAGGUCGGCUGGGCCCUGGGCCCGGACAGUCUCAUGAAGCACCUGCGUACCGUCCACCAGAACACUAUCUAUCACUGUCCCACGCAGGGCCAGGCCGCCGUGGCCCAGAGCUUCCAGCACGAGCAACUGCACUUUGGCCAACCCAGCAGCUACUUCGUGCAGCUGCCGCAAGCUGUGCAGCGCUACAGGGACCACAUGAUUCGCAGUCUGCAGUCUGUGGGCCUGAGGCCCGUGGUCCCCCAGGGCAGCUACUUCCUCAUCGCAGACAUCUCAGACUUCAAGACCCAGAUGCCGGACUUGCCAGGCGAUGCAGAUGAGCCCUACGACAGACGCUUCGUCAAGUGGAUGAUCAGGAACAAGGGCUUGGCGGCCAUCCCGGUCUCCGUCUUCUACAGCACCCCACAUCGGAAGCAAUUUGACCACUAUGUCCGCUUCUGUUUUGUGAAGGACGAGUCCACGCUCCAGGCCAUGGACGAGAAACUGCAGAAGUGGAAGGAUGAGCUCAGGCCCUGACGUGGCCCCGUCUGGUUCCCGCUUGCUCUGUGCCCGGUUGUCAGCCCCUCCCAGGCUGGGCGUAGAUAGAGCUUGGGGCUGCCUACUCCGAGACACAGGAUGUCCCCAGGGAAGAGCCCUCCUUCUUGGUCUUGGUGGGUUCUG